UAAUGAAAGCAACAUUAGAGUAGCAAAUAUAAUAUUGAAUUUUCAUGUAAUCUUGUAUAAGAGAAUGUUGGCGUUUAGAAAUUACGUCAAAGCAAAUCUUAAGAACUUCUUCAGAAGAAUAUCAACAUCAGCUCGAUUAUCCAGCGAAGAUCUGUACGUGCACAGAGACAGUGAUGAUAAUAAUGCAAACACCCCUUUUGAGUUCACAGAAGCGAAUUUGAUGAGAAUUGCAGCAGUAAUCCAGAAUUAUCCAGAAGGUGCUCAAAGAGCCGCCCUUGGUGCCUGUUUGGAUAUAGUGCAGCGACAAAUUGGAUGGAUCCCAAUAUCUGCUAUGCACAAAGUUGCUGAAAUUCUAGGCAUGCCUAGAAUGAGAGUGUACGAAUGGGCCACAUUUUAUACAAUGAAUAAGAGACGUUUCAGAGGAAAAUACAACGUGAAAGUAUGUGUAACAACACCAUGUAUGUUGCGUGGAUCAGAUAUCAUACUGGAUGCUGUAGAACAGGCAACCUGCUGCAGUGUGGGGAGUGUUUCUACCGAUGGAAUGUUUGGGGUGGAUACGGUGGAGUGUCAGGGCGCCUGUGUUAACGCCCCCGUAAUUGUCGUUGAUGAUGAUUAUUACGAGGACGUGAAUGUAUGUGAUGUCCAUAAUAUUAUACAAACGCUUAGAUCUGGAGGUAUAGCAGCUGCAGGUCCCCAAAAUGGACGAUAUGCCAGUGAGCCGAUCUAUGGAUUGACUACUUUGCUUGAGUGCCCGCCUCCACCUGGUUUUGGUCUUCAAGCCGCUUUGUGCAACAAAUAA